CCCCAUUCCCUUCGAUAAAUACCUCUCGCUGGCCUCCUAACUUCACUCACUUACCCUCUCCAACAACCUUCAAUCGCUUCUCGACCAGCUUCCAGUUCUCAUCACUCCCGUUCUCACCACAAUGGGUAAAGUCAAAUACAUCCUGCUCGACUGCGACAACACUCUCGUACAGUCGGAGCGCCUCGCCUUCGAAGCCUGCGCCGAAUUGACUAAUGAGGUGCUCGAGAAGCAUGGCAAGGAGGUCCGCUACACCACCGAUCAGCUCCUCGAGGACUUCGUCGGCCACAACUUCCGCGGCAUGCUCAAGGGUCUGCAACAGAAGCACAACUUCACCAUGACCGAAGAGGAGCUUGAAGACUUUGUGCAGCGAGAGCUCGGUGCCGUCACCAAGAAGCUCAGCGAGAAGGCCGUCGAGUGCCCUGGCGUCACCGAAGCCCUCACCAAGCUCAAGGAGCAGGGCUACCCAAUGGCCGUCGUCAGCACCUCCGCCAAGAGCCGUGUUGUGGCGUCUCUCGAGAAGGCCAAGCUGGACCAGUUCUUCCCCCCAGAGCAUGUCUACUCUGCUGCCACCUCGCUCAACCCCCCGAGCUCGAAGCCGGAUCCCGCCAUCUACAUCUAUGCUUGCAAGGAGCUCGGCGUCAAGCCUGAAGAGACUGUGACUGUCGAGGACUCCAAGAGUGGUGCCACGGCCGCCAUGCGUGCGGGCAUUCCGUGCAUCGCCUACGUCGGCAUCUACGGCAUUGAGGACGACGAGAAGAAGAUGAACGACAUGGCCAAGCUGCUCACCGAGGAGACCAAGGCUGCCGCUGUCAUGUACGACUGGAAAGAGUUCCAGGACUGCUUGAAGAAGGUCGAGGCCAAGUUGUAGACGCGGCCGACGACAUGCCCCACGGUGGUAAUCUUUGCAUUGCCCCUGGAAGGUCAAACUUCAUGAUGAGGACAUAACAUAGAGACGAAGAUAUGACUGCAUGACAGACUAAGAUUUAAUCUCUGAUUACCAACUUCGAAAGUUGGAGCAGCACAAUAUGAACCUCCUGAUCAAACAACUUAGCCAAACGUGAACGUACUCUGCUUCAAGCAGCCUCUAAUCUUAGCGCCAGGAUCCUCAUCUAUGUCAGU